AUGAAAAGAAAACAACAAGACAAGAAGGAAAGAACAAGAGGCAACAACGACCUUCAUGUUAAACGAACUCGAUCAAGUAAUCGAAUAUCGGCAGAAGUACAUCACCAAUCCGAGGACGUUAUUUCUCCAAACAACAAUAUUGCAAGUAAACGAAGUCAAUCUCCUACUGGGGAAAAAGAGAAUAUUAUCGGUUUAGAAGAUUCGGAGGAAGACAGAGAAAUAAAUCUGAACAACAAUAAUGCUACGCUACCAGAAUCGCAGUCGAAGGCUCACGGGUCACCCAGUCGUCCUACCUUAAGCCCGAUUAAAGCUCAGAAUCAAUCGACUCCCAAGUCUUUACGACAUGGCGAGAAAUUAUUCGCAACACCUAUCAAAGUCAAAGGCAUAACUGGAACAGAUGAAACUCCACGCCUUCGACGCAACAUUGAUCGAUCGGCCAGGAGGAAGAGUACUAGAACCCUCAUUGAACGUACAGUACUAGGCCUCAAUAGCGACGAUGAUGACGAGGAAGAGGAUAUUGCGAACCAGAUAUACGAUUCAGACGAAGAUGGGGAAAUUGGAAUGGGCAACGACGAUACAAUUCAAUUAUCUGAAGAUCUACGCGAACCGUCUACUCCCUCUAAGCGUGGACGGGGGCAAUUAAAGGGACCAAAGGCUCGGCAAAGAUCAUUGACACCACCUCAGGAUCUUACACCUCACGAAUUAUACUUCUCUCAAAAUAAGCCCGGGAGAUCCAAAACUGCGAAUUCCAAUCUAUCUUCUUUGGCGUUACUAGACCACGAAGAAUAUUUUAGUCUUGCUCGGAACUAUAAAGACCAGCACGAAGAUGAUAUGAACUUUCUACAGGAUGUACAUGCCAAAUCUUUCAACCAAUGGCAAUUUGAGCUCGGCCAGGACUUCAACAUUUGUGUUUAUGGUUGGGGUUCAAAAAGGUCUCUUCUUCUCAAAUUUGCGGAGCAUAUCUACAACACCAUGACUGAUCAUUCUCGGCAGAGAAUAGUCGUAGUGAAUGGUUAUGUACAAAACCUCACAAUCCGAGAGCUUUUGACUACAAUAGCCUGUUCUAUCUCUGGUCAUGGCACGAAAAUAGGUUCACAACCCGCAGAAAUGCUUGAAAACCUCACGAAUAUACUUGAUGAAGACAAAACUCAACAUGUGACUCUAAUAAUCCAUUCUCUCGAUGGAUCUGCUCUUCGUCGCCCUGCGUCCCAAACGAUACUCUCACGCUUGAGUUCUCACCCACAGGUACAUCUAGUUGUGUCUGUAGACCACCCUUCCUUCCAUUUGCUUUGGGAUAGUUCGCUUCGCUCAGCUUUCAACUUACUCUUUCACGAUUGUACAACUUUUCUACCUUAUACAGUAGAAGUUGACGUUGUAGAUGAAGUGCAUGAACUUUUGGGCAGGAGCGGACGCAAAGUAGGGGGCAAAGGAGGUGUAAGCUUUGUGCUCAAGAGUUUGCCUGAAAAUGCAAAGAAUCUUUUCAGAGUCUUGGUUGGGGAACAACUUGCAACUAUGGAUGAAAACCUCAUAGGCGAGCAUAAUGAUGACGAUGAAGAUGGCGUACAUGGAGUUGCUAGUAGGAAGAGUGAGCCAGGUGUGGAAUACAGGGUGCUAUACCAGAAAGCUGUUGAGGAAUUCAUUUGCAGUAAUGAGAUGAAUUUCAGAACGUUGUUGAAAGAAUUUCAUGAUCACCAAAUGAUAGAGAGUAGAAAAGAUGCUCUGGGGACAGAAGUGCUGUUUGUACCUUUUAGAAAGGAGGAAUUAGAAAACAUUCUUGAGGAUAUUGUAUCGUAA